CCGUCGAGGCUGCGCCGGCGCUCGUCAAUGCGCUCGUCGACGACCGGCGCGGUCGACUGCGCACGCUGCGGCGGGCGCACCGCGGCAAGGAGAUCGUCAUGUUCCCGCCGAGCGCGUCCGAGGCUGCCGAGCAUGCCGCGGCAAAGGACGGCGAGCCGAGCAACGAGACAGACCGCGGCGCGCACAUCCUCUGCAGACUGCUGGCGGGCGUCUUUGUCGUGUCGCUGUGCAACUGGGAGGGGCCGCAUCCUUCCGAGAUCACUCGGCCCAACCACGCCGAGGGCCAGGCGGAAAAGGCGGCGUCGAUUGACGUCGUCGCAGCGCUGCGCCUGAUGCGCUCCGAGAUCACAUUCCAGCCGUCGCUGCUGCUGCACCGCUUCCACUCGCGCACGCACGAGCAGCGCACGUCGUCGACCGCACAGGGCCGCUCGCUCGCAGCGCAGGCGCAGGCCGAGGCCACGGCGCUGGCGCUCGAGAGCAGCACCCUCACGCUGUGGCUCUUUCCGCGGCUGCUCUGCGCGGCCGCGACGCUGCUGGCGCGCUACCCAGACGACCGAGUGGCACUGGCUGCGCGCACAGAGAUGCUCGAGCUGCUGCUGCUGAUCUCGACGCUGGGCCUCGAGGGCGACGGCACCGAGGAUGUGCGAAUGUGUCUGUUCGAUGCGCUGCGGGCCUCGCUCGAUGCACUCGCAUCGGCAGGCCGGCCUGUCUGCGAUGACCGCGCGUCGUUUCCCGUCAAGCUGAUCAUGCCGGCCGAGGAUGGGCAGGAUGACCCGUCGUCGCGCGCGGUGCGCUUCUUCGCGCUGCCGCUCGUCGCGGGCACGCACAUUGCCUCUGCGAUGCUGCCGCAGAGCGGCGACGGUAUCGUGCGGACGUGGGCGCCCGAGGACUAUGCGACGUUCUGCCCGCCGCUGCCGCGCGAGCACGCAGUCACCAUGGCCCAUGCCCUGCUGCAGACAACCGCGCUGCUGACGCAGCAGCUGGCCGCGCGCCACCCUGCCCAGCUUAGCGAUAUGGCCUCGACAGUCUCAUCUCUCUUCCUCGAUGCAUGGGCCGUCGACGACGCAGCGACAGGCAUCUUCUUUGAGGCGCUACCUCCGCACCUCUGUAGCGCACGACUAGAGCUUGCUGCGCUAGCCCUCCAGCCACAGGCGGGCUCGUCGCCGGUGCUGCGCGCCAGAUUCUCGGCACGCGUCGCACACACGCUCGACUCGUGCCUGAGCGCGGCGAGCUCCGCGAAUGACGACGAUGAGGCGGACUCCGUCGAUGACAAGGUGCUUACAGCCCUGCUCAGGGCGGUCAAGACGUGGCGCGAGGGCGUGCGCAAGAACAGCGCCUGGCGUCCGGCGAUUGCCUCUGUGCUCCUUCCGCUUGCUGCGAGCUUGGUGACAGAGGUGCUCGUGGCGCCAUCUGUCGAAGAGGCGGGCACCGCACUUGAGCCUGCGGAAAAGGCUCGUCUAGACGCGACGCUCUUGCGCAAGUCGAGCGCCUUUCAUGCCCUGCUGGCGUUGCUGGAGGCACGCCGCCACGGCGCGCUGCCCAUCACAUCCGGCGAGGCCGAGCGGCUGCGCAACGAAGUGCUUGGCCCUGCACUGGGCCGCGGCGAGAGUCAGACCCUCGAAGACCUCGACCUGGCGUCGGCAUGGCUGACGCGUUCGGAGCUGCUUGGCCUUCGCGAGGCGCUCGACUCAUUUGUCGCUACGCCGGAGCAUGCGCAGACUCUCAAGCGCAAGCGGCAAGACGACGAGUCGCAGUCGGCUCGCUCGCAGCGGCCAAAUCGGCUGGCUGAGCACAGCGCGACAGCGACCGGCCAAGACAUCGAUCAGUGCAUCGGCGGCAAAGCCGGGUGGGUCGGCGAGGCCAUCAGCAGCGUGUCUCUCGCCAUCGCGACGCUCCGCCGCGUGGCUGCAGAACAGUGCUUAGCCGCAGGCACCCUGACUCGGACGAGCCGCGGCCUGCGCUGCGCCAGCUGCGAUGCGCCGUCCUUCAGCGCCGCCUCGCUGGCCCGCACAGGCAAGGCAACUGCCGCGCCGCUGCUCAACGUCAUCUGCGAGACUUUUCGCACGUCGCCAGCCGACUCGCCCACUGCAGCCGCAGCUCUUGCUGCGAUGCGCAGUAUGGCGGCGCAUGCGAAUGCUGAGGACGUCGGCAAGGCGUUCACGGGGCGUGCUGUGCACAUCUUUGAGCUGGGGUUGCGGCACCCUGACCGUGCCGCUCGACUGGCCACUGGACGCUUGAUCUCGACCGUCGUCGAUGCGUACUUCCGCAUGCAUGCCUCGGACCACGACGCGCUGCGCCAGGAGCUUGCGCCGGUUCUCGCGCUGCACCAGCGCAUCGUCAAUGGCCCGUCGCAGGGCAAGCUCAAAGAGAUCGAGGCGGCAUACCUCAGCCUUGGCUUGCUUGCUCGCGUCGCGCAGGAAGAGGUGCAGCACGAGGUGCUGCUCGUGCUGGUGCUGCAUCUGAGCGUCGAUCAGCCGCUGCGCUCGCUGGUGUACCUGCAGAUCACGCAGCUUGCAGCCUACCACGGCAAGACGAGCUUCCAGCUCCUCGCGCCUUCACUGCCGACUAUCAGCGCGCAGGUCGUGCAGCGCAUGAUGUCGGCGCCGACGCUUUUCGAGGAAGUGCUCAACCUGCUGAACCAGGACGCGAACAAGUUCCUGCAGACGACGCUGCAGCACACGCUGCCGCCGCUCAUUGCUGCCGGCAACGACAAGCUGCUGCGCGCCGUCGCUGCGGGCGUCAAUCAGCAGGUCCAGGCGAUGUGCUUCUCGCACGUGCCGGCCAUCCUGAAGCGCUUCCUGCUGCUGCCCAAGGGCGAGCGCGAGGCGAGCAUCGACAAGCUUGUGCACCUGCUGCGCGGCACGGCCGACCGCGAGAUCACCGAGGUCAGCGUGCGCAUGCUGUUCAAGAGCUACAAGCCGCAGCUGCUCGGCCACCUCAUCACGCACCUGGGCGACCCCGCACAGCGAGCCGCCGCCCUCGACGGCCUGUAUUUCUUCGAGUCGAUGCGUCCGGAGCGCGGCAGCAACGCCGGCAACAAGAGCGCGGCGCUGUCGAGCUUCCUUAAGGAGGACAUCCUCGAGAUCCUCGCGUGGAUCAACGACGAGCUCGCCGGCGCGCACGGCAAGACGACAAUCGCGCAAAAGGUCAUGACGGCGCGCAGCAUCGGCGCGCUCGUCGACGUCAUCGGCCAGACGAUCUCAAUGGUGACGCCGCAGAUCAUGGCCACGCUCAACACGACGAUGCAGGUCAACGAGCUGCUGCUGCCGACGCUCGAGUCGUGGCGCACGUUCAUCACGAAGCUGCGCUACGAGGACGUGGCGCCAUUCAUCGGCCAGACGGGCGCCGCGCUGAUCUCCGCCUGGCCGCGUCUGGGCCGCGCCGAGAAGGAGAUCGCCAAGGAACUUGUGCACUACAUCGUCAUCGACAGCCGCGCCGAGUUUGAGCCGCAGCUGCUGCAGCAGUUCCCGAAUUUGGACAGCAUCGGCGACGACGUGCCCGAGGAGAGCAAGCGCAUCCGCAAGAUGCAGGGUCAGGCGCCCGAAGCGAGCCUCGCCCGCGUGCUCGACCGCGCAGCGAGCGAGAACUCGAGCGUCUCGCUGCAGGGCCUGCAGGAGCUCAAGCGCUUCUUCACGCUCGAGCGCGAGUACAUCGCGCGCAUCACGACGGGUGACUCGUUUGCGCCGAUGGUCGGCAAGAUCGUCGGCGUGCUAUUCUCCGCCUCCUCGCGCACUGGCGACAGCCAGACGGACAUCCGCGACCUGUGCUUCGAGACGCUGGGCAUGCUCGGCGCCGUCGACCCGGACAGAUUCGACCUGCCGAGCGAGGACCAGACGUACAUCGUGCUGCACAACUUCACCGAGCGCGACGAGGCGAUCGACUUUGGCGUGCACCUCAUCCGCCACACGCUUGUCAGCGCGUUCCGCGCGUCAGAGGACACCAAGCACCAGGCCGCGCUGGCGUACGCCAUCCAGGAGCUGCUCAAAUACUGCGGCUUCACCUCUGCGCUGCUCGUGCCGUCGGCGACGAAGCCCGUGUCGCUCAAGGUGCGGCAGCGCUGGAACGAGCUGCCGACCGAGAUGCUCGACACGAUUGCGCCGCUGCUCGACUCCAAGUACUCGGCGCACCUCGGCGAGCCGACGCCGCGCGAGAAGCCCAUCUACCGCCACUCGAGGACGUACCGCGAAUGGAUCCAGAACUGGGCCAACGAGCUGAUCCUCGGCGCGAGCGGCGGCGACGCCAAGGCCAUCUUCGGCGUGCUGCGAUCGGUCAUCCGCGACCACGACCUGACGAUUGCGCAGCACAUCCUGCCGCAUCUCGUGCUCAACGCGCUCAUCUCCGGCACCGAGGAGCAGCGCAGCGAUGUGCUCCGCGAGAUCUCCGCGAUCCUCGAGGAUCAGGUCAUGCCGGCGGUGGAGAUGGAUGCGGACCAGCGCCUGCUCUCGGCGCAGACCGUCUUCGGCCUGCUGGACCACAUCAGCCUGUGGAUGCGGCGCAAGAAUGAGGAGUCGAGCCGUGGUGCCGGAGGCCGCGAGGCGGCCAAGCGCGGGCGCGAGAUGCCCUACGAGGCCGCGAUGAUGAACGUCCGCGAGAUCGUCGACUUCGUCUCCGAUGAGCUCAUGGCUCAGGCGGCGCUGAAGUGCAAGGCAUACGCGCGCUCGCUGCUCAACUUUGAGAAGCGCGUGCGCAGCAUGCGCUCCGAGGGCCGCAAGGACGCCGACAUGCAGGAGUACUUUGAGAACAUGCACUACAUCUACGCCAACCUCGACGAGCCCGACGGCAUGGAGGGCGUGUCGACGCGCGUCAUUGCGCCGUCGCUCGAGCACCAGAUCCGCGAGCACGAGAGCACUGGCCGCUGGACGUCGGCACAGAGCUGCUGGGAGGUGGAGCUGCAGCGCAAGCCGAGCGACCCGGAGCUGCACAUCGGCCUGCUGCGCUGCCUGCGGAACCUGGGACACUACGACACGAUGCGCACGCACAUUCGCGGCGUGCUCAGCAUGCAUCCGGAGUGGGACGAGCUGCUGGCGCCCUUCAACGUCGAGGGCGCGUGCAUUCUGUCCGACUGGGGCGAGGUGCGCCGCGCACUGCAGAACGGCUCGCAGCAGAGCGCUGCGCACGCGACUGCUCGAGUCGUCCUCUCACUCAAGGACCGCGACGAGCUUGGCAUGGCGGAUGCGCUGCGCGAUGCCAGGCGCCUGGUCGGCAAGCCGAUCGUGGCUGCAGGCAAGGGCUCCUACGCACGAGUGUACGAGGCCGUCACGCACCUGCACAUGGUCAACGAGCUGGAGCUCAUCCAGAACAAGGUGCAGCUGCGCAACAAGCCCGGCGGCCCGGUGUCGGCCGCGCACUCUCUGCGCGAGGUCGACCCGAUCCUGCUCGCGCGUCUCAACGCCACGCUGCCCUCCUUCCGCACGCGCGAGCCGCUGCUCAGCCUGCGCCGCUCUGCCUUUGCGGCCGUGUACGGGGGCGACGCUCGCGCGCUCGGAGCGUCGGUCGGGCAGGCGUGGAUCCUGACGGCCAAGAGCGCCCGUCGUGCGGGCCACUUCCAGACGGCAUACAGCGCGGUGCUGCAGUCCAUGCAGUGCGAGGCGCCCUUUGCGUUCAUCCAACGCGCAAAGCUCCUGGCGCUCGACGACAAGAAGCAGACUGCGAUCCAGGAGCUCAACAACGCGAUCCCGAACAUUGCCAGCGCCAUGCAGGCCGCCACCGACGCGCAGAACAAGCGCAGCGCUGGGGCCGCGGCGGGCGUGAUCGACCUCACGGCCGAUGAAGACAGCCAGGAUCUCAUGGGCCUCGGCAAGCGCGCCUAUGCCCGCGCGCAUCUGCUUCGCGCCCGCCUCGUCGACGAGACGGGCCGCUACCCGCCCAACGAGGUCAUCGAGCGCUACAAGACGACGUCCACGAUCGAUCCGGGCUCGGAAAAGCUGUGGUACCGGCUGGGCCACUACUACGACUCGCAGAAGGAGACGCCCGUGGCGAACCUGAUGACCCAGUCGUGGAGCGUGUGCCGCUACUACCUCAAGUCGGCGCAGUGCGGCACCAAGUUCUUCUACCGCACCCUGCCGCGCGUCCUCACCGUUUGGCUGGACUCCGGCGACGAUGCGUACCUCAUCAAUGUGGCCAAGAAGCAGGAAGUCGUCAACAAGGCGACGGACCCGGACGGCUACGACAAGGUCGAGCAGUUCGGGCGCAUCAUCGCCGAGAUCCGCAAGGCGCAGCGCCGCCUGCGACCGUACCAGUGGCUCGCCGUCUUCCCGCAGCUCGUGUCGCGCGUCGUGCACAAACACCUCAAGGUGUGGGAGACGCUGGCUGACAUUGUGGCAAUGGUCGUCGACGCGUACCCGCAUCAGGCCAUGUGGUCGAUGAUCGCCGGCUCGCAGUCGAAGGACGCCGAGCGCAAGCGGCGCUUCAACGAGGUUGUGUCGCGCGUCAAGAGCCAAGCAGCUCGCGACAACAAGGACACUGCGCGCAUCGUCGACCAGUCGCAGCGCAUGGCGCGCGAGCUGCUCUACCUCUGCGACUUUCCCGUCAAGCGCGAGACGCAGCUCAACAUGCCGUCGCAGUUCCCCAAGCUGCAGUCGCUCGCGGACGGCAACCUCAUCCUGCCGCUGCAGUCCUCGAUCAACGUCAGCCUGCCGUCGAACCACCUGCUGUCGGGCGACCAUCAGCCGUUUGCGGACAACCUGCCGCGCAUCACUGGCUUCGAUCCCGUCAUCGACAUCAUGCCGUCGCUGCAGAAGCCGCGCAAGAUUGUCAUCAUGGGCAGCGACGGCAAGCGCUACGCCUUCCUGUGCAAGCCCAAGGACGACCUGCGCAAGGACGCACGCCUGAUGGAGUUCGACUCGAUGAUCAACAAGCUGCUGCAGGCCGACUCGGAAUCGCGUCGCCGCCGCCUCUACAUCCGCACGUAUGCAGUCGUGACGCUCAACGAGGAGUGCGGCCUGAUCGAGUGGGUGCCCAACACCAUCGGCCUGCGUCACAUCCUCAGCAAGCUGUACGCCUCGCGCGGCAUUCCGCUCUACACGACGGACAUCAAGGUCAACAUGGAGGAGGCGCGCACCAACCCGCGCCGCGCCGGCGAGAUCUUUGAGACGCGCAUCCUUUCGCGCUACCCCUCCGUCUUCCACGAGUGGUUCCUGGCGACGUUCCCCGAGCCGACAGUGUGGCUCAAGGCGCGCCUGGCGUAUGGCCACACGCUGGCCGUCAUGUCGAUGGUCGGCUACGUGCUUGGACUGGGCGACCGUCACGGCGAGAACAUCCUCUUCGACUCGUCGUCGGGCGACACGGUCCAUGUGGACCUGAACUGUCUCUUCGAGAAGGGCCUCACGUUCGACGUGCCCGAGCGCGUGCCCUUCCGUCUGACGCACAACCUCGUCGAUGCGCUCGGCGUCACGGGCGUUGAUGGCGUCUUCCGCCGUGCCGCCGAAAUCUCGAUGCGCAUCCUGCGCGACAACAAGGACUCGCUGCUCAGCGUGCUCGAGGCCAUGGUGCAUGACCCGCUCGUCGAGUGGGGCGCGGACGAUCGUUCCAGGGCGCGCCAAAACCGGCCUGAUCCUCGCGUCCUCGAGGCGCGCAAGAGCCUCGCGCCCAUCACAAAGAAGCUCGACGGCCUCGUGCGCAAGCGCGACAUGGACUGGACGCCGCCGUGCUCGGUGAACAACGCCGUCGACGCGCUGAUCCGCGAUGCCACGAGCUCCUCGCUGCUGGCGCAGAUGUACGUCGGAUGGGCAAGCUACCUCUGAUACGCCAACACUCUCCUUUUCCGUGCUUGAGCCCAGCGGACCUCGCUCCGCUGCCAGGCCCAAGCUGCCUUCCGAAGCACGCAUCUCAUCUGUACUUCUACACAUAUAGCCUGGACAAUCAUGCAGUCACCCUGCC